CCUAUAGUUAGGUUGUAAUUAAUUUGUAUGAUCAAAAAUACAUUAUUUUAUUAAACUAUACAAUCAGUUGUAUCCAGUUAUCUAGUUAACAUAUUGUAAUGAGAUGAGUGACGUGGCUAUACAUAGUUUAAUACUUUGUUUCUAGACUUCUAUUAAGUUUUUUCGACAUGGGCACUAUUCUUACCUCUCCCUCUUGUCAGAAUCCUGCCAGAUCCUUGUUUGUAUUUAGAUCUAGUCAGCAUGGCAGGGUUCUGACAGUACAAUGUUUUAUGUGGGAGAUGCGUGGUUUUAGUAUUGGUUUAUUCUGACCACGCAUUUCCCGGGUCUCGUCACUUUUUCCCCGAUCCCUUAAGCUAAGUUCACACUACAUGAUUUUAAGCCAGAUUUAAGCCCGAUUUGCAAGUCGUUGAGCUCGCCGACAAGUCGGGUGUGAUCGCGUGCAAAUCGCGGGGGAUUAGCGGGCGAUCAACGCUCGCCAAUCUGUUGGUAUGAAAGAGCCAACAACGCACCAAAGACGCUCGCAGACGCCUCGCAGACGCGUCGCCGACACCAGAAAAAUAUCUAGCAUGCUAGAUAUCUGGAGCUGUCGCGCGACUCAACCUCCUCUGAUGUCAUGAGCUACAGCCAAUCAGAGCAAGGAACGGGGUGUGGUCACCGAGUAAACACUGCUUUCAAACACUGAAGAAGAGCAGAAGAAGACGGAAGAAGAGUACGCAGAAAAAUUAACAGCAUGUCGUCAAGAAAGAGUUGGACUCAAUCAUUAGAGCAAAAUUUAAUCGAACUGUGGCAGGAGCAUGAAUGCUUGUAUGAUGUUUCUCACGAGAUGUACCACAACCGCGCUGAGAAAGAGAAAAGGUGGACGGAAAUAGCAAACGCUCUAAACCAGCCAGACUUUACUGUUGAUGACAUCAAGACAAGGGCAGUAUCUCUGCGAACGCAGUACUGCCGUUUGAUGAAACCCAAACCAAGUGGGAGUGGAAACAAACCCUGGACUCCACGACAAAAGUGGCUUCUGAGCGUGAUGGAUUUCAUCAAAACAUAUAUUGUCCACCGGCCAUCCGAAACAACACUUGGUGCAUCAUUCAAUGAGCAGAGUGAUGCAGACGAUAUGGACCUCUCAGACAUAAGGCCUGAUACACCUUCAGUGGAUAGCCCCCAAUGUACGGCGUCCACCCCAAAUCGGUGUAAUGAAGAAGCCUCUACAUCGGCUGAGGAAACCACUUCAACUGCCUCAAGUGAUAGUUGUAAACAGACGGGUCGGAACACCAAUCUCCAUAAACGAAAGAGGGUGUCCGUAGGUGCUAUAGAGCUGCAAAAGCUGGAUUUGUUAAAGCAGAUGGUUGCUCAAGUGGACUCACAACCAACUAUGGACACAUUAAGUUCUUUUGGGAACCAGGUGGCUUUAGAAUUGAGAGAAAUUCAAGAUCCAGUUCUCGUAUCACGACUGAAAAGGAGCAUAAUGGUCCUCAUAUAUAACGCACAAGAGACUGAUAGAAACAGAUCAUUGUCGUCAUCUGGUCAACCUACCCCAGGCAUAUAUCAACAGGUCAAUUCAGGUCUACCAUCGGCCCAGCCUAUUUCUCAGCAGUCUUAUUAUGGGUCAGGCCAUGGAUUUCAUAGAUCGCUUUUGGAGUCACAACCUGAACAUGCCUAUGACUAGCCAUUGUAAAAAAAACUGUAAAUAGUUGUGGAUUUUUUGUAUUUUUAACAAUAUUUUUUUAUACAUUUUUAUUUAAAAACUUUUUAUUUUAUUAUAAUAGUGCACUACUUGAAGGUACUUCAACUUGAAUGUACAGUGAUCCUUUCUCUUGUGUUCAAACUGUUGAGUGCUACCGUGUUACUGUUGCUGGUGGACAUCAACAUUGUUGUUGUUGUUGAGCUCCACAAUAAUCAGCACUGUUUUGUUUA